GAUGUAAUAGCAAUUUUGUAAAUUUUCCAUAAUUUUUUUUGUUUUUCCUAAUAAAGUUGUGAACUUAUAAGAAAUAUUUAUACAAAAUAUAUUUGUAAAAUGGCAUCAAAUAAUCAAUACAUUACUUUUAACAAUGGUGAGAUGUAUCCGAUUUUAGGAUUUGGCACAUGGAAGUCUAAGCCCGGGGAAGUAGAAGAAGCUAUUAAAGUGGCAAUAGACACCGGUUAUAGACAUUUUGAUUGUGCUAUGUUUUAUGGAAACGAAAAAGAAAUUGGAGGUGUUAUAAGUAAUAAAAUUGAUGAAGGUGUAGUUGAACGUAAUGAUUUAUACAUAACUAGCAAAUUAUGGAAUACCUUCCAUCAGCCUGACAUUGUUGAAACUGUACUGAACAAAACUUUAACUGAUUUGCAAAUUAAUUACUUGGAUUUAUACUUAAUACAUUGGCCCAUGGCUUUUAAAGAAGGUGAAUUGUAUGAUGAAUUUGUUCCAAAAGAUGACGACGGAGAAACUAUUGAAGGUGAAGGUUCGUACAAAGAAACGUGGAAGGCAAUGGAACAGCUUGUAACAAAAGGACUCGUAAAAUCAAUAGGUGUAUCUAACUUUAAUAAAAGACAAAUUGAAGAUGUUUUGAGUAUCGCCAAGAUAAAACCUGUGAAUAAUCAAGUUGAAUGUCAUCCAUACUUUAACCAGAAAAACUUAAAAGAAUUUUGUGAUGAAAAAGAAAUUAUUCUUACUGCUUAUAGUCCACUAGGCUCUUCGGAUAACUCAUGGAAAAUGCCUGAAGAACCCUCAUUGUUGGAAAAUCCAAUCAUUUUAGACAUUGCUGGUAAACACGAUAAAAGUGCCGCUCACGUUUUAAUUAGAUACCAAAUUCAAAGAGGAAUUAUAGUGAUCCCAAAAUCCGUGACGAAACAUAGAAUAAAAUCUAAUUUUUACGUGUGGGAUUUUGAACUUGACAAAGAUGAUAUGGACCAAAUUGAUGAACUUGAUUGUAAUUGUCGUUAUGUACAACUCAAAGGGAAUAUGCAUUUUAAGGAUUAUCCAUUUAAUGAUGAUUAUUAAUUUUUUUUAAAGAUUAGUAAAGAAUAGUUAUAAAUAUAUGAUUAUACAGGAACAUAUUUACGAAUAGUGCCACCCAAAUUACCACUUUUUAUGCUAAUUAAAAAGAUUUUUCUCAAUUUUUUAUACAUAGUUAUUUUAGCUGAGAAAAUAUUGAUGUUACCAUAAUAUGAUUUUUUUAAAUAUAUGUCCACGAAAAUUCUCAAAACUUACUGUACCAACUUAAAUAAUUAACACGCCAAAAGAACUAAAUUUUAAUCUAGUUGAACCUUUUAUUGUCAAAGUUUAUAAAACCUCUUAGUUUUCAAAAAUUUAGAAAAAUAUCUCAAAAAUAUUGUAAAAAUGGCCCCUAGAUGCGGCCUUGCGUUUAUAUAUAUUAUUUUACGUGCUUGAUUUUUUGCAAUUAAAAAAUUAUGUUGCAAAUUUAUAGUAAGCACCAUAGAAUUUGAAAUAUCUAAGUGAUUUGACUAAA